AGAAUACCUUAUAACUGAACGGAAACAUUGAACCAGGACGCGACUCUUCAACUUGUCACCUUCAGCCAUACUCAACUUGCACGCGCGGUUGGGGAGAAGCGCAAAACCAAUCUGUCUACCUGGUUAUAGCGCAAGGUUUCUCUCGGUGACAGUCCAGCUGCGAGCCGCGUGGUCUGUCCCACGCCUGGGCCCCCUUGCCCUGUCCACACAGCCCAUCCACCAGCGGCGCUUGGCCAGCGGGAUUAAAGGCUUGUCGGGACUGCAGCACUGGCUGGUAGUCUAGCGGCGCAGCGGCGUGUGUGGGAGCUGCCGCUGCAAUGGCGGCAGUGACAGGUCCGGGCGGCGCGGGGCCGCCGCAGCCCCGCAUUGACGAUUUCAGCUGCCCCAUCUGUUUGGACCUGCUGUACAAGCCCUGUGCCAACAGCUGCGGACACGCCUUCUGCUUCUGGUGCCAGCACCACGCUAUGAGCCCCUUCCGCCCCUCCAAAUGUCCGCUGUGUCGCUCCGCAUACACGCACUUCCCGCGCGUGUGCCUACCGCUGCACCGCUUCCUGGAGUCCGCCUUCCCAGAGCAAUAUGCAGAGCGGGAGCGGGAGAAUAAGGCUCUGGAGGCUAAGCAGGGUGUGGAGUCUCCGGACAUUCCGCCGGCACCGGCGCAGCAGCCACAGCAGAUGCAGGUGGCGGUUGCCGGGGAGGCUGCGGCGCAGGAGGCUUCGGGAGUGGCGCCCACCUACCGCUGCUGCCGGCCGGGGUGUGGGCGGCUUGCGUGUCAGCCGUGUGUGCUGAGCUGCGGAUGCGUGGUGUGCAGCCCCAGCUGCAUGCCCGUCGCGGAGCCCCAGUCGCCAACGGGGGCAGGGCCACAAGUGGGGCAGCAGGCUGUAGCUGCGGUCGCAGCUGCCGUUGCAGCUGCAGCUGCAGCGGACGCCGGUGCCGCCGGUGCCGAUGAACCGCACGCAACGGUGGCGACAGCUCCCAAGGAGCCGCAGGCAGCAGCAGAUGCAGAGAGGGAGGCGCAGCCGCAGGAUGUGGCUGAGGAGCAGGCAAAGCUAUCGGCUCCUCCGGAGUCACACGCGCUGGCACCGGGGGCGGAAGCGGAGGCGGAGCCGGUGGCAGUACGGCCGCUAAGUUCACAGCUCGCCACGCCGCCUGGACAGUCGCACCUGCCGCGUUGCCCCGGCUGCAACUCGGCGGUCCUGCCCAACCCCCGUGUGUGCAUCAAGCUGGAGGAGGCGUUGCGCUGCUUGUACCCGCAUCAGUACCGGGCGCGGGAGGCGGAGGUCGCGCGGGAGGCGGCACGCCGGCACGAGGAGGCCGCCGCCGCAGGCGCAAGCAGCAGCGGCGGAGCGGCGGCGGGCGGUGUGCAGGAGCCGUCAGCUGGCGUAAGAGGCGGGCGCAUGCGCUCCAAGCUGCCGCGCAUCGACGCCAUGAUAGCGUCGGCCGCCGCCGCCUCGGCCGCCGCGGACGCCGCCGCCGCCACGCCCGGCGCAGAGCAGCCGCCGCCGCCGCCGUCGACACUGGACAUCUGGGCGGCGCUGCGAGACGAGCUGGCUGCCAACGCCGACAGCUGCUUCACCUGGUACUCUGUGGGCUGUGACGACUGUGGCGUAUUCCCCAUCGUGGGCCGGAGGUACAGGUGCCGCGACUGCCCCGAGGCCAUUGGGUUUGACCUGUGCGGCGCGUGCUACGACCGCGGCACCUCCGGCCGGGGCCGCUUCAACCAGGCGCACCGGCCGGGGCACCGCAUGCGGAAGGUGGACCCCAGCUUCGGGCUCGCCAGCCGCCGCCGCCGCCGGCAGCAGCAGCUGCAGAGGGCCGCAGACGGAGCGGUCGACGGCGGAGCCGUCGGCGGCGCAGCGGACGGCGCAGCCGGGGCCCCGGCGGCGGCAGCGGAGGCGGCGGGCGAUGACGAGGAGAGCGAUGAGAACGGCGGCGACCCGUUGGGAGAUGAGGGCAUUCAAGUCCUGACACUCAUGAACUACAUGGAGGUGCUGCACCCCGAGCUCACGGUGGAGCAGGCCACCAGCCUCGUGCUCAUGCACCUGGGGCUGGGCGGCGGCGGCCUCACAGACAUGUUCGACCUGGGCGGAGGCGAAGGAGGAGGAGGAGGCAUUGCAGGAGGAGGAGGAGGCAUUGCAGGAGGAGGAGGAGGCGGAGGCGGGGGUGUGGGAGGAGGAGGCGGGGGUACAGAAGGAGGCGGCGGAGCUGGCCGGCAGCCGCAGCAGCAGCAGCAGCAGGGGCAGGGGCCGCAGGGGCUGGGCCACGCGGCGGGCGGGCGCGUGCCGGCGGGGGGCGGCGUGCUGCAGCUGCCCGGCGGUGGCGCAGCGCGCAGGGGCUCGGGUGGCGGUGGCGGUGGCGGUGGCGGUGGCGGUGGCGGUGGCGGUGGCGGUGGCGGUGGCGGUGGCGGUGGCGGUGGCGGUGGCUGGUCGGGGGUGCGGAGCUGGCUUGGCAACUUGGUGCAGCGCAACAGCGCCGGCGGCGGAGGCGGGGCGGCGGCUGCAGGCGCCGCAGGUGGCAGCGGCCUGGGGAGGGUGGUCGAGGGUGGCGCUGCGCGCCAGGCGGCUUUCAGCUCGCCGACGCGAGGAGGGACGGGCACUGAUGGCAGCCAGGGUGCGAACGGCGGGCGCGGCGCGCAGGGGCCCCACAGCUCCGGCUGUGUGGUGCAGUAGGCAUGUCAGUGGCAUGGUAAACGCGGCGGACGACCGGCACAGUCGCAUUGUACAGUACAGUAUAGUUAUUGCAAGGCUCAGGCAUUGCUGGUGGACAAGUGCGUGGAUGAGCAUGGAUCACAUGCGGUGGGGCUGUAGUUGAGUCGGGGUCACGGGACCGCGAGCAGCAGGCUGAGGAGUCCAGGGGUGCAAGCAGGGGUGCAGGGCCUGCGGCCAAGGCGUGGCUAGUGGCAGCCAGGCUUUGCAGUUUGCAAUCACAGUUACAGAUGCGGGGCUGCCCUGAUGAUUGGCGUGUGCGCCUGUCAAGCACGGGGAGCUACACGCCAAGUGCUGGGUACUCCCCCGCCUGGCACUCCCCCGCUACGCGAGUGCUGUGGGGAGAGAGCGCCGCACGUCCCCCGCCCUCGUGCGGUCGUGCCGACCUGCUGUACCGGGGAUGCACGGCUGCGCGGUAGCGAUGCGGGCAUGCGGCUGUGCAUGGGCACACGGGUCGGCAGGUGCUGCUGGGUACAAGCAGGCAGCCGCUUCUUGUAAUGUCGCAUCAUG